AUGGUACUGAGUACGGCAUUGUCGUACCAGGAGGGCCUUGCGCCCGAAGCGUCUGUGGUUAGUGGCGGCGGUUAUGCAACGAGCGGCGGCGGCGGCGGCGGCGGCGGCAGGGCCAGGCGUUUGGAUCCAGAGGUGGAUCCGGAUCCAGAUUUCGAUAUGGAUCGAAGCCACGGCGGCCCCGCCUUAUCUUCAUGUCCCCGCGGCGGCGCGGAGGCGCUCGUGGUGGACCGGCUGAAUCAGCUCGCCGUACAAGGGCUUCUCCAGGUGGAUCUUCCCACAUUGUACGGCUUACAGAUCCUGGCUUCGGAGCGGCACCCCUCCGCCAUGGGGCUGGGAAAACCGAAGGAGGGUUUCAGUUUAUUCGGUUUGGCCAACCGCUGCGUCACACAAAUGGGCAAGCGGCUGCUGCGCGUCUGGUUCCUCCGGCCGUUGGUCAACUUGGACAUUAUUCGUGAUCGGCAGGAUACGGUGGAGCUGCUGCUCCGGAACGGUGGCGAGCUCAUUCCUGCGCUGCGAGCCGAGCUGAGAAAGCUUCCAGACGUGCAGUCGCUGCUACAGCGGCUGGCGCUAGCACAACAGCGACCAGAUCUUAAAGUGCUACAGCAGUUUCAGUCGUGUCUUCGCCAGCUGCUUCGUUUACGAGCCGCCUUCGAGCAGCAGCUUGCGCCGCACCUGGCCCGGGUAGAGAGGGAGGUGGCGGCUGAGGGGGGGGCACUCGCGCAGCAGUUCACCGCAUCUUCCAUUCUACAACUCUUUAGGGUAGCGGCUGAUAUUAUUAAGCUUUUUUGCACUUCAAGCCCACCAUAA